UCAAUAAUUUAUGGUCUUGAUCUUAUUCGAAAAAUAUUAUCCAUACCAUUUGUAAAAGAAUUUGAUCAAUCAAGAAAAUUUGCUUAUCGUUCAUUGGCUGUUUCUUAUAUAAUUUUAACAUUAAUCACUUUGACUGGAAAUAUUUUAUUAAAUAAAGAAAGUUUAAUAAAAAUCAUCGAUCCACAAAGUUCAAUAUCAACUAGAUUUUCGAAAUUUUUUCAAAUAUUCGGAAUGAUUAUUGGAUUCUCACAUAACAUCAUAAUGCCAUUAUUGUUUAUCUAUACGAUGAUGUUGUUUAAAUUUUGUAUCCAACGAUUAAUCGACAAUUAUGCUAUGGUGGAUAAUUUGGAUGAAAUUAACAUGAUUAAAUUACGUGCACAAUUAUCGGAUCUAAAUGAUCGAUUUAAAGAAAUUUUACCAUAUUUUUCAAUGCCAUUGACUGGAAUGUUUGCAUCAAGUAUAUUCAUCGUAAUAAGUUCAUCAUGUUUCCUAAUGAUCAAUAAUACAUCACAUAGUCAUUAUUAUAUUUCAUUCGUAUUCUGUUUAGGAUUAAUUGCAUUCUUAAGUUUGAUAAUUGUUGCUUGUUUUGGUAAUCUACCAGAAAAUUGUUGUCGUGAUCUAGUACGUAUUGUAUAUGAAAAUCUACAACAAUGGCAUUUGAAUGAAUGGAUGUGUUUUAUGGAAAUAAAACGUUUACAAAAAGAAUUUAUCGUUGAUAUAUUUUCAAUGUAUACUGUACAACAAUCAUCCAUAUUGGCAAUGUUAGGUUUUGCAUUGAAUUAUAUUGUCAUUUUAUUACAAACAGAAAAUUACACAUCAGCAAAUAAUUCAACAAUACUAUCGAAUAUAACAAACGAAACAAUUGUCGAUAAUUUAAUGAAUGAAAAUCUAACUAAACAAAUAUUAAAUUAG